AGAACAAGAACAUGUUGCUAAAGUGAAACCUCAGACCAGCUCCUGCAAAGAAACACAUCUGCAGAGAGCCUUUAUGGGGGGACCCCUCGGGCCAGGAGCAGAACAAGGGAGGGCAGAAACUGGACCUUCCCACACAAAGAAAAGAUUCUGAAAAAAACCAAUCAAGAUUUCUGUCUGGUCACGUCCAAGCAUCAUCCCUGUCUUAACCCCAAGCAGGAAGAAUGAAGCACAUCAUCAAUCCAUAUGAACACAUCAAUGACACAGCAAGAAACAAUUCAGAUUGCCCUGAUGUAGUUUUGCCAGAAGAGAUAUUUUUCACAAUCUCCAUCAUUGGAGUUCUGGAGAACCUGAUUGUCCUCCUGGCUGUGGCCAAGAAUAAGAACCUCCAGUGCCCCAUGUACUUUUUCAUCUGUAGUUUGGCUAUUUCUGACAUGUUGGGCAGUCUGUAUAAGAUCUUGGAAAAUAUCCUCAUCAUGUUCAGAAACCGGGGUUAUCUCAAGCCUCGUGGCAAUUUUGAAAGUACAGCAGAUGACAUCAUUGACUGCAUGUUCAUCCUCUCUUUGCUGGGCUCUAUCUUCAGCCUGUCUGUGAUUGCUGCUGACCGCUACAUCACCAUCUUCCAUGCCCUGCAAUACCAUAGCAUUGUGACCAUGCGCCGCACCAUCAUCACCCUAACAGUUAUCUGGAUAUUCUGCACAGGGAGCGGCAUCGCCAUGGUGAUCUUCUCCCACCACGUCCCCACAGUGCUCACCUUCACAUCACUCUUCCCUUUGAUGCUGGUUUUCAUCCUGUGUCUCUACAUUCAUAUGUUCUUACUUGCCCGCUCCCAUGCUAGGAAGAUCUCUACUCUUCCUAGAGCCAACAUGAAAGGUGCCAUCACACUUACUAUCCUCCUUGGAGUCUUCAUCUUCUGUUGGGCCCCAUUUAUCCUCCAUGUCCUCUUAAUGACCUUCUGCCCAAAUAACCCAUACUGUGUUUGCUACAUGUCUCUCUUCCAGGUCAAUGGCAUGUUGAUCAUGUGCAAUGCUGUCAUUGACCCCUUUAUAUAUGCCUUUCGGAGCCCGGAGCUCAGGGAUGCAUUCAAAAAGAUGCUCUCCUGCCACAGGUUUCGGUAGAAUUUUUGAUCCCUAAUUUGAAUAUUGUAAAGGGACCAAAUGGCAUGACUGUCUGAUCAGAGCUGAUACUUCUUAGCAGCCU